AUGUACGGGCAGUUUCCUCAGCCUUGGUUCUACGACGCAGCGGCGAUGAUGUUUCCGGGGAGAAUGCGGGGUCGAGGUGGCGACGGAGCCAAUCCAAUGAAUCGGUUCUUUCGAGGCCGAGGUCGCGGCGGAUUUUCUGGGCGUCGAGGCCGUCCGGCAUCGACUACUACGACAGCGAUCACUCCAGGUCUAGGUCCAAGUCGCGGUCCAGGUCGUGGAACCGCGACAGGUCAAGAACGAGAUCAAGAUCAAGAUCUAGAUCCCGUACGAAGAGACGAAGGCGUAGAAGUAGAAGUGAGAGUCCACGAUCAAAGUCCAGGUCACGAUCAAGGUCCAGGUCUAGAUCUAGAUCUAGAUCUAGAUCCAGGUCACGAAGACGCACCAAGUCAAGAUCCAGAUCGAGAUCCAGGCGCUCUCGUUCAAAAUCAACCAGGAGGUCCAGAUCGCACUCGGGAAAUAAGUUCAAAUCCUCGCGCCAGACCGUCAAGCGCAAGCACAGCAAGGUUAAAGUUACACGCGCCAAAUCACGGUCUGUAUCGCCUAAAAGGCAAUCAAGAAGCAAAUCGUGGUCACUGCCUAAAUCUCCAAGACAACGAAGCUGCUCGUGGUCGAAAAAUAUUGAUGAUGUGGAUAAAAAUUUAA